AUGGAGGCCCAAAUCAGACCAAUUCUGGAAGCUGCCGUCAAGGACAAGAAGGUCCCGGGUGUAGGGUGCUUCAUCGUCGACUCCAAGGGCAACUUCCUGCUCAAAGAGACCGCCGGUACGACUCAUCUCCAAGAUCCCGAUGCCGCCCCUUUCGACGCCGACACCACGAUGGCAAUGUUUUCAUGCACCAAACUUCUGACCGUAAUUGCUGCGCUGCAACUGGUCGAACAAGGCAAAAUCUCCCUCUCAGAUCUGGUAGAGAAAUAUGUCCCGCGGAUUUCGAAGAUUCCGGUGCUCGAGUCCGUCAAGACAGAUGCAGAUGGCAAACCCGAGCCCGUCUUGCGCUCGCCAGCGUCAAAACCUACCAUUCUGCAGCUCUUGACCCACACGUCGGGCUUUUCGUACGAUUUCUUUGACCACGGAACACUCGCAUACCGCGUGGCCACGGGUCGCGCCCCCAUGCAAUAUCACGGGAUCAGUGACUGGGAGGACUAUGAAACUCCGUUGGUCGCCGACCCGGGCACCAAAUAUGUCUAUGGCGUCAGCAUUGACUGGCUUGGCUUCGUUGUCCAGGAAGUCUCUGGCCAGUCCCUGCCCGACUAUAUCGCCGAACACAUCUGCAAACCCUUGGGCAUGAGUGAAACAGGUGGUAAACUUCCGCCGGGGAAAAAGGGCAUCUCUAUCGUCCACUUCGAUAUGCCCGAUGGAGUGGGGCUCGUAGGAGUUCCAGACGCAAAGCAUAACGAAAACCCUAGGGUCUGGGGCGGUGGAGGAUUCAUCUACUCGACAAUGAAUGACUACGCGAAAUUACUGGCGGCGCUACUGAACCAAGGCACCUCACCUACCACGGGCAACUCGAUUCUGAAACCUGAGACGGUCCAAACCAUGCUUUUCAAAGACCUCAUUGGUCCAGACGUCGACAAGUCUGGCAUUGGGGAAGUUGGAGCUAGCAUUCCGCAAGCCUCACUUGAGGGGUCCUUCUUGCCUUCCAUCCCGCCCGAGAAACGGGGCUGGUCGGCGGGGUUGCUCAUCAACACGGACGAUUUGCCCCACGGUCGCAAAGCCGGGUCGGGCGCCUGGGCUGGCCUCGGGAAUUUGUACUACUGGAUCGAUCCGACGACUGGCAUCGCCGGGAUGAUUUGCACGAGCAUCCUGCCCUUCUUAAACCCUACAGUUAUGAGGUUAUUUGAUGAGCUGGAGAGGGUCGCCUACGGACACGGGGUCAGCAAUGAUGGAGUGGAUCCCGAGAAGAGGAAUUACAGACCCAAGUUGUGA